UCAUACAUGCAGUAGUGGGAAAAUAUCAAAUGGUGGGGUUAGUUGCGUUGCGCGAAUGGGAUACAUGAAAGUUACUCUACCUUUUUUACCAAACCAAUUGUUUCAAAUAAUAUAUUUAGUCUCAAGAUUAUUUUACAACUCUUACAGAAAUGCAUAGAAUCAUUAAUAUAUAAGAAAAGAAGUUUUAUUCCAUAGUUAGUUUGAAAACGGUUUGUUAAAACACGUGACAAAAGAUUGUCAAUUUAACUUCAUGAAAGAAGAAUUGCGAUUGGCUGAAGUUUUCGUACUCUUUGAAGGAUUGGUUGUUACAUUUGCAGCUCCCUGAUUGGCUGUGCUCAGACAAAUUCAAGUUCAAAUGUAUCGGAUGCAAUCGGAUGUUAUUAACCGCCGUCCGGCCAUUAAGAACUCAUAGACAACGUUUUUGCUGUUUUUUUACAAGAAUUGUGUUUAUUUGGAGAUCAUAACUGAAAUAUAGUAGGAAACAUGCAUUCGCAUGUUAAGUGAACUUAUUUGUAUGAGAAUAUUAGGUAAUUUAACGGUAAAAUAGUUCAUAGACGUGUGACUACGGAGUUGCUUGUAUCAUUUUAGUCAACAAGGUUUGUUUUAUUGGAGUGUGUCUUUAUUGUUCGUAUAUAUAUUUCAUUUUACGAACAUUAAACGAAGUAUAUUAUACUGAUUUUUAGUAUAUAAGUAACAUUAUUUCAUCACUGCCAUUAUAUGUAUUUUUUUAAAUAUUUCUUAUGCAGUUUUGGGUAGAGAAAAUAUAGAUUUUACUUUGACAAGAUUGAACUUGAUUUUAUUUUGGUACUCAAGGGUUAAGAAAGCAUGAAUAUUAGAAAAGAAAAAAAGUUUUGGUUUAGUAAUGUGCUCGAAUAUGGAGUCACGCUUACCAAAACCAAAGAUUAUUAUACCACCAACAAUCAGUACAAAAAGUAUAAAAAUGGAAGAUCAUAAAGCGGCAAAAGAUCAUGUACCCCAUACAAGUUCUAAUGGGGUCUCUGAUACUUUAAAAAAGGCUAAGAGUACAUUGAAUGUGAAUGCUAAAUGUACAAAUGAAAAUAAACCUCCUGUAAGACAAAAUCUUACUAGAUCAAAGACUUUAGCAUCUAUUAGUACAAGGGCUGUGAAAAGGCCAGCAACUGCUCCAGUCACACAUGGAGAAGCUAAAAGACCAUUUACUAAGCCUUCUGUUAAACCUACAGCAACUACUCAAAAGUCUGGUAAUGGAUUAACAAAUAAUGUCACCAACAGAUCUACCCAAAAUACAACUAAAAGGACUGAGAACAAUGUUGCUGCUAAACCUUCUAAAUGGGAUUUAAAGGGUAGAUUGGCUCACACGAAUAGUGCUUUGUCCGAUAUGAAACAAAAAUAUAAUGAAACUACAUUAAAGUUUAAUGAACUUCAGGAACAAAUAAAUAGCUUGAAAGCAAAUGAGGACGUGUAUAAAACAAAAGCAGAAAAAUUUGAACAUGUGAAUAAAGUAUUAGAUAAUGAACUGAAGGAACUGAAAGUAGAAAUGAAUAAAGUACAAGAAGAAAGAGAAGGUUUAUUUAAACGUUUGAAAGAGUCAGAAGAAUCCUUCAAAAAUGUCUCAAACAAGUUGCAACAUUUUAAAGAAAAAUGUGAAUCUCAAGAAGCAUUGUUGGCAAAACAUGAGUCAGUAAUACAAGAUUUAGAAACAAAUCUAGAAACACAGGUAAAGAUCAAUGAAGAAUUGACUACAGUUAAAAAUGAGCUACAAUCACUGGUUCAUACAAUGGACAAAGAUCGUCGAGUUCUACACAACGCGAUUCAAGAGCUAAAAGGAAACAUUAGGGUAUUUUGUAGAGUGCGUCCUAGAACUCCAAAUGAACUUGGAAAACCAUUGUGUCUAAUGAACUUCGUAGAUGAAUGUACCAUUGAAGUAGGAAAAUCUGAUGGUUCUGAUGCACUUAGUUGUAGUGGUAAACUAAGAGGAACUCGACAGGAAUUUUCUUUUGAUAAAGUUUUCCCACCAACAGCUAAGCAGGCAGACAUUUUUGAAGAAUUAUCUAUGUUGGUUCAGUCUGCCUUAGAAGGCUACAACGUUUGUGUAUUUGCAUAUGGCCAAACUGGUUCUGGUAAAACAUAUACUAUGGAGGGUAUACCGGGUAGUGAAACAGAAGGCAUGAUACCUAGAACGGUACGGCAUAUAUUUCAAGAAAUGAAACAGUUUCAAUUACUUGGGUGGGAGUAUCAAAUAGAAGCCAGUUUUCUUGAAAUUUACAAUGAACAUAUUGUUGAUUUGCUUGAUUGUCAACAAAAAACGCACGAAAUCCGAAUGGCCGACAGUAAAGGGCACGACUUAUAUGUCAGCAAUCUCAAAAUUGAAGAAAUCCACAGUCCCGAGGAGUUGCAUGAAUGCCUUCUAACAGCGCAACGUAACAGAGCAGUUGCGGCAACCCAGUCGAAUGAGCGAUCGUCAAGAUCACAUUCAGUGGCGAGGAUAAGGCUCAUUGGAACACAUCGGCUAAAAGAAGAAAUUUCUAUAGGAAAUCUGAACUUAGUUGAUUUAGCAGGCUCUGAAAGAUUAAAGGGCGAAGAAUCAGUACGAAUGGCGGAAACAAAAAAUAUUAACAAAUCGCUGGCGAACUUAGGUAACGUUAUUCUUGCGCUUUUGAAGAAGCAGGAACAUAUUCCUUACAGAAAUUCGAAAUUAACUCAUUUAUUAAUGCCGUCUUUGGGCGGCAAUUCAAAGACUUUAAUGUUGCUAAACAUAUCGCCCUUAGACGAGUGUUACAACGAAACACUAAAUUCACUAAGAUUUGCUAGCAACGUGAAUAGUUGUAAAACGGGUAAUGUAAAGCGGACACGAACUAUUCUACAAAACAGCAUAUAAUGUUUCAUCAAAGCAGCCAUUCAUAUCUUCUUAGCCUUCUUUAAGACUAUUUUGCAUUUUUAAUUUGUAACAAUUAAUCUCAUCAAAGAUAUUUUUAUGUUUUAUACUUCCUUAAAGUGGUACAAAGUGUAAAUAAUUAGUAUAAAGCAUAUUUUUCACAACAAAAUUGAAUAUAUAUUAUUUCAUUAAGUUAAAUUGGAGUUGCGAACGACCAUUUUAGUUAGCAAAUAUUUAAAAAAAAAAUUAAUAUAAUCGGACAAUCAAUUUUGGAAUUUUUAUCUCUUUUAUACACACAUCCUUCCAUGAAAAUUGUUUUCAUGGAACAAUUUUAUUUUUGUAAGCAUUAAUUGUAACGUGUAUUGAAAUAAAAAACCAUUAAUUUGACAUCAUUCAUCAAUCUAUGGUUGAAAUAUACGAAUGUACAAAAUAAUCAUACUGUGUUACAAUAUACGUGUAAACUAAAAUAAAGUUUUGCAUUUAAUAACAUUCAAACUAUAAAUAUUUUAAUGUUCGAAUAAAAGAUAUUUUA